UUGCGUCACGGGGGCUUGAGUGGCAUUUUUCUUUUAUAACCCAACUGGUACUUUAUUGUCGAACCCUAAAAGAAUCCAUCACACUCUGGCGUGGCUAACCAUCAAAUCUGGGGAAAAAAAGGAAGAAAAGUGUGGACGCAACAGAUGAUCCAGCACGUGGAAGCACAGCCCUGCAGGUUACCACUGGGGGGAGACCUCGAUGUAAAGCAGUCCACUGAAAUUAAGCUACAAGUACUGGAGAAGGAAUGCAGUGAGAUGAAGGAACAAAAUGCAAAACUGAUUGCAGAGAGCAAGUUGCAACUACAGCACGUAGAGGAAACCGUUGAGGAGUAUUCCAAUGUCAUCAAGGAUCUCAGGCUGGCAAACCAGGAGUUGAGGAAUCACUUGGAGGACAGAGAGGACGAGGCCUUGCUAACUGUUCUCAGUGGUUUGAUGGAGAAAAAAAAGGAAUCGCAUUUUGCGGAAAUGUCUUUGGCAGAGGAACUCAAGCUUUUAGCCACUCCAAGUGAAAUGAUGGUACCCUCCACGGAUACAAGUCAAGAGGAAACAGACGCAAAUGAAACUACCAGACCUCCCACCAACUUGCAACAAACAAACUGGUGCACACAGGCCAAGGAAUCUUCCACCCAGAAGGUGUUUAUCAUCUGUAUGGCCAUAAUUGCUAUUUUGGUUAUUCUGGCUGCAGGAAGUUAUGCACAAUAUUUCGAUUUUCUUCCGGUCCACCACCUAUGGAGGAUAGUGCGCCUGAUGUUACAACCCUACUUUCAUUUACACUAUGGAGCCUUGCCUCCUGUCUGAGCCAAGCAAUUCUUUUUGUUGUCAUUUCUUGGUGAAUACCGUGUUUUCAGUUCUUUUAGUGGUUGAAAAAUACCGGCAUGUUUUGUCUGAAAGUCAAGUGAUCUAAUUUCAGUCAGACUUCAAGUUGAAAACCUGUUACAUUGCCUCAGUAUGUGAUGCCUUGUGUAGGAGUAUUGACAAUAUGGUCACAAUUCUUUGUUACUAAAG